AUGACAACUAGAGAAAUUAUACGGCGUCCUGAUUUGAUGAGGUCACCCCCCAGCACACAUGUUGAUACACAAUCUGCACAUGUCCGCAUAUUCAACGUUAGGUCUUUUUCUUCGUUAAUAAAACGAUUCUCAUUAACAUCGUCGACUGUAAUACUUAAACCUGUUAAUUCUGCCAAUGGUACUACUACAACCAACAUUACAAUAGAGCAGCAGAGACAGUUAUUACAGCAAAAGAGAAAACAGCUUGCAAUGACAUACGAGAACGGAAACUUGAUGGAUUAUUCUGAUAAUAUGCAUACUUUAUUGAAUAGAGAAUCAAUUAGAGUCGAUGCAGAAUACAAAUCAAUUAAACUGUACCAAGACCCUUUGGCUUUAUCGCUACAGCGAGUUGCAUCCAUUUUGAAAGACAGACAGCAAAUGGUUCUACAAAAGCAGCAACCGAUGGGAAUAGGCUCCGUUAACAUUCCAGCAGCAACAGUUCUAUCGUCAUCCUCUGCCUUUUCGACAAUCGCUCCAUCAUUGUCCUCUUCAAAACUGUCUACUUCCAAUAAAUCGUCAUAUCAGACAUCUCCAACACAGCGUAGAGCGUCUUCACAUACAAUACAUGAAUACUUAUUAAGUAAGAAAGAAGCAAGGCGACAUUCUCUAUCUCAAUUUUAUCUCGAAAAGUCACCACCGCCUACUAUUUUAUCUAAAUUUUUUGGCUUAGCCUCUACUACUGCUAGUCAACUAUGUCACUCACCUUAA